AGUGCGCGAAAUUCAAUUUCUCUUCCGGUUGAAAGAGACUUCAGAAUGAGUGAAGAGACUGCUCCUGAUACACCAACGGAGACAGAGUCUGUACAGUGUACCAGUACACCUUUAUCAUGUGACCCAAAAGCAAAUGUUGCUGAGAUGUUCAAAAAGAUGGGAGAUCAGUUGGGAUGGUUCAAAUACAAUAAUUUAGAAACAGCACUGAAGACAUUGUCCAAGAGUAGCAAAAAAAGAUCAACAAAAUCCAGAGUUGGUAAAGUGGCGAAUGGUUCAGAUAAAGAAAAGGAAUCACUGAAUGCCCACAGAUCCAAAGAAAAUCCCCUCCUAGAGAAAGUUACAGAAAAACACAAGCUCUCUUUUAACUCAUCACCACUGCAGGAGAAACAAAUACAUAGCAGUAAUGAAGACUUUAUAGAACAAGUCUUACCCAGGAAAUCCAAAGCCUGUAUUGAUUUAACUAAGGAAUGGAAAGAAACAAAGAAAAAACUGAAGAAGACAACUCGCAUAUCCAUUAUUCCAUCAGCAGAUACAGAAAAUAUAUCACCAGUUUUUCCUAUAAACAGGGACAAAAGGUACUCCAUUUCAACUGUCGAAGUUGGAAAUCCCAUUCAAGAAUCUACAAGAAUUCACAGCAGAGAAAGCAUUGACAAGCUUCUAGACUUGUCCAGUAGUUCCAACCUUUCAGAAAAAGAGAGUUCACAAAACAAAAGUACAAGACAAAGCUUAACUGAGGAAGAUUCUUAUAGACAGCUCAAUAUAAUGAAAGAUGGAAAACAAUCACACUGUCCUAAGGAAGAUCUGACUAAUUCCAUAAGUGUGAUGCAGGUUAACAGAUCAAGACAUGAAGAAACACAGCUUUACACCACAGCUCCUUGUGAGGUAUUGGAGCCUGGUCCUGCUUUUCAGACUGUGAUGGAAGGUUUAGGUGAUGAUAUUCCAGAGGAAGCUGUCCAGACAUUAGAAGAUUUACAGAGCAUCCCCGAGAGUUCUGUCGAGAGUGCAGAAAGGACAGAUAACUCUUCCUACAUAGAGAUUGAGGACGCUUCAGCUCAAGCAGAUGUCAAAGAGAUAUCGGUAAAAUGUUUAUCUGUUUCUAAAUCUCAGAAACCUGGAACUGAUUCCUCUCAGAAUGAUUUAUUGCAGAACAGCAGUGAUAGCUCUGGAAUAUAUUCUGUUCAUGAACCGAUUGUUAUAGUAACUGAUGUUGAGACAGAAGAAGUAUCCAAUCGUGUGGAAGAAAGUACUGAUUCCUCUUAUGUUGAAAUAGAAGAUGUUUCCUUACAGACCAGUGCAGUUGUUCAUAGCCAGAAAGACUUUGAUGAGGAUACAGAGUCGGGGUCUUCAUAUGUGGAGGUAGAAGAGAGAUCAUUCCAGACAAGCUUCAUCAAAGGUUCACAAAAAGAUGAUCAUGGAAGCAAAAUUUCUUCUGGGAAAGCUACACAAAACCUUGAUAUCCAUUAUGUAGAGAGGGAGGGGGAUAGAUAUUUUAAAACAGAACAGAAUUUGUCCUCAGAGGAAAAUUUCAUUGAAAAUUCAGAGAAAUGUAAAAGUAAGGAAGAAAGUGGAAGUAUGGGUCACACUAACUUCAGCAGCGAUGAAGAAAGCUUUAGUGAUGGCCUCUUUACUCCUGUAACAAAGAAUGUUGUCCAAAAGGCACCAGGUGUUACAAAUGUGAGAAUAACUCCAGAGGUGGAAAAGGUCAUACUGGAUAAUGGGACUGAAGAUUUAAAUGAAGAAAAGGAAUGUAUAGUAGAAAAUUCAUCAGACUUGGAUGACUCUUUACCAGACAUUGAUCAAAGGAUAAAACACACCAAAGACAAAGUGGGAAACAGUGCCAGUAAAUUGAAAACAGCAAAAUAUGUGGACAUUUCCUCAGACUCAGACAAUGAUUUACCUGAUGUUAAGGGGGCAGGGUUACAGUGGGAUGAGGGAAUUCUGUCGUCCGAUUCCGAUGAUUUUCUCUCUGAUCGAGGCUUUUCUGCUAAAAAGAACAAAGCAUCCAGUAAAACUGGUCAAGAACAACCUAGUACCGUCCACUGGAGGACACCAAAGCAUUACAAGAGUGAAUCUAGUGAUGUAUACCAGAAUCAUUGUAUGUUGAUUGUUGCAGUCUUCCAGAAGAUGAAAGCACCCAAGAAAGUGUCACCAAAGGAAACUCCAAAGAAGAACACAAGCCUUGAUCAGUUUAUUGUGGAGGAUGAUGAGAUGAGCAGCAGUGACAAUGAUGAAGACUUUUAUAUCACCACCAGUAACAUCCUCACCACACCACACCGGGCACACAGGAAGGUGGAACCAGUUUUGUUGGAUAACAGUGAAGAUGACAUCUUUAAAUCUGACAUUAAGCCCAUCAUAAGAAAACCAAGACAGAAGAUUCAAAAGACGACAAGCAGGGAGAGAGACUUGUGGGAGGAGAAGGAAGAACCCAAGUAUAACUUCCUGAAGUCCCUGUCGACAGACACCCCCGAGGACAGAUGUGAUAGAGAGGCUCUCAGGUACACUAAGAAUUUCAAAAAGAUGAAAGAAGACUUAACAAACAGACUGUUUAAACUGUACAAUGAAACUGUCUUUGAAAAUAAGCUUCCGGAGGAUUUGCUGAUAUUGUGGAACAAUCGCCUCCUGAAGACAGCUGGUUACUGUGUGUACAAGAAGAACGCCAAGACUCAAGACAGCAGCUCAGUGAGAGUCGAGCUCUCCACCAAAGUCUGCGACUCACCGGAGAGAGUGAGGGACACAUUGAUCCACGAACUCUGUCACGCUGCUGUUUGGCUGCUUCACGGCAAAAACGACGGCCAUGGUCCCUACUGGAGGAUAUGGGCCAAAAAGGCUAAUUUGACUCAUCCUGAAAUUCCUAUCAUUGCCCGUUGCCAUAGCUACAGUAUUUCUACUAAAUACACAUAUCAGUGCAGUAAAUGUGGAUACAGUAUUGGUCGACACUCAAAAUCGCUGGACACUUCAAGAAAGGUGUGUGGAUUCUGUCACGGACAGUUUAUCCUGAUUAACAACCGACAGAUGUCCCAGGGGUCAGGUUCUACUCCGGCAACUCCCAGGACCCCCAACAAGUUCGCCAUGUACGUCAAAGAAAACUACGGGACCAUGAAGGAGAGGGAGAAAGACCUCAAACACGGGGAAAUCAUGAAACUUUUGGGGAAGGCAUUUACUGAAAGCAAUAAAAUCAGCUAAGACAUGAGGCAAAGAAUGACAUCAGCAUAUGCUGGAUAAAUAGGAAGGUGAAAAAAAGGGAAUUUUAUUUCCAGUGUAGAAAAAGUUAAACAUUAGAAAACAAUAUAAGUUUUAUACUGAAUUUUACCUCUGGCAGGUGCUUGCCUUAUUUUAUACAGAUGAAAUUAUAAGUACUGUCUGUUGGUAAAACUGUUGUAGGAGAUUGUAUUUACAUUUCACUUCUAAUGUGUGAGUUGUACUUGCAGUAUUUUGCUGCAUUGCAUCUGCAUGUUUAAUGGGAAAAUUUCAAGCAAUUCUUCUAUGUAAAUUGUUGCUUUCUGAUAUAUUAAUGAAUAAAGCAAUGUACUUAUU